AUGUCGCAAAAAGCUCAUCCUUCUCUGGCAGCUGAAAUCCCGCUGGGCACUGUCAGGGAGAUCUUUACCUAUAAUCGCACAUUUGGUGACGACCCGCGAAUGGACCACGGCACGCUGGCUGCCUGGGACUCCCUUGUCCCAAAUAACCAGUUGGCCAAGGCACAGUACGUUAUCCCGCAGGGAGCAAGAAGAUCUAUACCUUGUCUGCCGUGCACCAACUACAUUGCCUGGUACGUGCGAAUGCCGUUGGCUCUGAAAUUGACUCGGAAGAACGAGGAUGCAGAAAACAUACUAACCGAGGAUGCUGGGCAAAAGUGGUCCAUCCACCAAAGCUACUAUGGGGCCUUGCAGUCGCGCCGUCGCGGCGAGGCGCACCACCACGACUACUCCGGCCCCCAUAUGCGGCACUGCUUCGAUUACUUGCGUCAGGGGCUGAUGUGUGCCGCCGAUUCAACCUUGGAGCCUGUAGAUACGAGGCUAGGUGGAGUGACAGGAUGGGGAGACGAACGGGUCUGCCGAGACUAUGCUGCUCUGAAGGAUUGGGCCGAGAAACGACGAGUGAGUAACAGCAAGGGCUUCUCCGACUAG